UAGGCUGGAGUUCUUCCGGGCGAUAUUUUAGGUGCACACUCGAAGGAAAAAACAAGCGGCGCUUUCAUAACAGAAGUAAAAUUAAUCGUUCGUUUGUUUACGGAUUUUAAACCAUUAAAAUGGACGAUCAAGAAAUGCAGUUGAAAGUGAAAAGAGUGACUGAUAAAUUCACAGAGAGUAUGUAUGUGUUGGCCAAUGAACCGUCUAUAGCUCUAUACAGACUGCAAGAACAUGUCAGGAGAUCCUUACCUGAGCUCGUGCAGCACAAGACAGAUAUGCAGAGCUGGGAAGAGCAAAGCCAAGGAGCGAUAUACACUGUCGAAUAUGCAUGCAGUGCUGUGAAAAGCAUGACAAAUAGUAGUCUGUAUUUCAAAAACAUAGACGGUCUCCUCCGACAAGCCAUUUCACUGAAGGAGCAGAUCAACUCACAGGGACGCAGUGCUGUGAAACCUCCAUUUAAUCCGAAUGAUACAUCCGCACAUGCUACAGUCACACCACCUUGACUCACGAAGGUGUUUCUUCAAGGAAAAGAGCUUUGGAUCCCGGCAUGAUUAAAGAUGGAGGGGAAAAGCAGAGCUCUGGGAUAUAAACCCAUGCACCCAUGACCCCAAUGAAGGAAUUUUGGAUGAGACCAUCUACAGUUUAUUCCUAUUCAUGAUGAUUGUGGGUCUGCCUUUGUAAGCAUAUGAAGAUAAUGUAUUAGGAAGUAUGUGGGAUGUUUAUAAGCUGCUUAUAAAUGUGUAUGAGAGUUUGCACUAUAAAUGUAUAGUUCUACAUUUGAUUUGUGCAUUCUGUAAAUAUAAUCUGUAUCUAAAAAUAUUAAACUUUAUAAA